AUGCCUUCUUUUGGCAAAGAAUUUGAAUGCGCUGGUGCAGCUGGAGCAGCUGCUGGUGCCGCUGGGGCUGCUGCUGGAGCAGCGGGCGCUGCUGCUGGCGCCGCUGGUGCUGCCGCUGCUGGUGCUGCUGGCGCAAUCUCUCCGCCCUAA